AUGACAUUGAAAUGUGUUUUGAAAUUAACUUCUCAACCUAACCUCUCUGUGACCAAAACAAAAGGCUCAAGUUGGAGUGCUUCUAAAACACACGAUUAUCUUCAACUUGUCUGUACAAUGCCGCCAAACCCACCCAUGUCAUCCCUUCUCCUCCACCGGAUCAACCACACCGCCGCCGCAAACUGCCAUGACACCCUCCUUGUGAAGCCCUUUGCGGCGGUGCCCGACGCCGUGGCGGGUUACCACACCCACGCCGUGGCGACUAACCAGUGCUGCUCGGCAGUGGUGCAGGAGAUCGCUGCCUCGGUGGCCACCGUGUGGUCCGUCGUGCGGCGCUUCGACAACCCGCAAGCCUACAAGCACUUCGUGAAGAGCUGCCACGUCAUCGGCGGCGACGGCGACGUCGGGACUCUCCGGGAAGUCUACGUCAUCUCCGGACUCCCCGCGGCGCGGAGCACCGAGCGCCUCGAGAUCCUCGACGACGAGCGCCACGUCAUCAGCUUCAGCGUCGUCGGCGGGGACCACCGCCUCGUCAACUACCGCUCCUUCACCACCCUCCACCCCGCCGCUGCCGGUGCCGGCACGGUGGUGGUGGAGUCCUACGUGGUGGACGUGCCCCCGGGGAACACGCGCGAAGAUACGCGCGUGUUCGUUGACACGAUCGUAAGAUGUAAUCUUCAGUCACUAGCGCAAACCGCAGAGAACUUAACUCGACCAAACAAUAACAACAACAACGACUACAAGUUCUGUUCCUAA